AUGGAGCCCACCUGCCCCUCUCAGCAUCUCUCCUCUCCGGGCUCCUUAGCCCCGCCUGCUGGGGUGAGGACAAGAAUAGACUCGCAGCUCAUCGAGCGCACCAUAUGUCCACUGGAGAAGGUGCAGUGCCACACGCUGACGGGGUACUGCUGGUGCGCCACCACCGAUGGGAAGCCAGUGAGCGGAUCCUCCGUCCACAACAAGACCCCCGUGUGCUCAGGGUCGGUCACAGACAGGCCGCCUGGGCCCCCAAGCUCGGGUAGAAAAGAUGACGGCUCCAAGCCCACGCCCACCCUGGAGAGCCACGCCCUCACCGACGGAGACGAGAUCACAGCCCCAACACUGUGGAUAAAACAGCUGGAUAAGAACUGCUCCUUCUCCAGGAGACGACCAGAGAAGGUUCCCUCUUGUGACCAGGAGAGACAGAGCGCCCUAGAAGAAGCCCGCCAGAACCCGCGCGAGGCCAUCUUCAUCCCCGACUGCGGGUCCGCUGGCCUUUACAAGCCCGUCCAGUGCCACCAGUCCACAGGCUACUGCUGGUGUGUACUGGUGGACACGGGACGGCCCAUCCCAGGGACCUCCACCAGGUAUCAGGCCCCAGAGUGUGACAGCAACGCUCGCUCCCAUGUGUCCGACACGGAGGACCCCUUCCAGGGCCGCGAACUCACAGGCUGCCCCGAAGGGAAGAAGGGGGAAUUCAUUACAAGCCUGUUGGAUGCGCUCACCACAGACAUGGUGCAAGCCAUAAACUCACCAGCCCCAUCUGGUGGUGGGAGGUUUGUGGAGCCGGACCCCAACCACACCCUGGAGGAGAGGGUGGUUCACUGGUACUUCGCCCAGCUGGACAACAACGGCAGCCAGGACAUCAACAAGAAGGAGCUGAAGCCCCUGAAGAGGUACCUGAAGAAGAAGGCCAAGCCCAAGAAGUGCGCCCGCCGCUUCACCGACUACUGCGACCUGAACCGAGACAAGGCCAUCUCCCUGGCCGAGCUCAAGGGCUGCCUGGGGGUCAGCAAGGAGAAUGCGUCGUCAAGCACUGCAAACCAGGGGACAAGGCAAGGGACCAACCUGUUCAAGUGCAGGCCGUUCCAAUUGGCUGUCGGGUAACCCAGGGUGACCGUCAUCCCGGCGUCAGCCAGUGGGUCGUCUGGUCUGAUCAGGGAAGCUUCCAGAAGCUGAGGGGAGCAGAGGCCACAGGUGGGAGACAUCUGCACCAGGAGAGAAGACUCAAGGAGAAGACCAGCGAGAGAAGGAGAAGAAAAUAAAAAUCAGAAAUAAAAGUAGAUAUCGAAGCGGCACCAAAAUAUUUGCACUUUCGCCUCCCAAUGUAUUACUUUUUUUUCAUCCCUUCCUCUUCGACCUGUGUUGUGAAGCUAAUUUUACUUUUGUAUGUGAAUAACUCGCCUGCAUAAGACGUGUGGAUUAUGCAGGGCACUUGAAACAAGGACUUACAAUGUGUAUCUUUCUGUCCUUGCUUGUCUCUACUCUGUGGGAUAACAUUUUAAAUAACGCCAACAGUAAUCAUAUUCAACUUGGGAUGUUAACCAGCAACGGCCCUUAGCUUAAAAAACAGAGGGCAGGAUAAAGAUUGGAAGUGAUUGGUGCCAAUCAGAGACAACCUGCGAUAACCAGUUUCACCAGAAGUGGCGCUAUUGCUAGUAUUGGUCUCAACGUGUGUAUAGCAUAGAGUAGCUGUUCCGGCAUUUACCGACCACUGAAAAAUAGCUGUCAUAGUGAUUCUAAACUACAUGAUGUUCUUCGACACAGAGAACUACAGUUGCCAUCUAAAGCCCUUUGUCUUUGAUCACAACUUUAAAAAAAAUGUUUUAAUCAGGAUGGUAGUCCUAUUCUUCUUAAAAAACUGUUUGCAAGCAAAAAGGAAAUUGAAUCAACUUGAAUAUAUUGUAAAAACAAGAAAAUUCUUAAAAACAUACGUUUUCUCCUUUGUUUUUGGUUAUGAUAUUUUUUCCUGUGCAAGCUCACAGAAACUUUCAAAUAUACUCAAAUACAUCAAUUAGAUAUUGAAACUUGAUAAUAAUACAACAAUAUUGCAACUAUUUAAUAAACACAGAAUAAAAAUCUGAGGCCAAACUGGGUGAAAACACCUCGUCUUCCGAUUGAUCAGAUAUCAACCGUUUCCCUGAGUCAUUCCCCACUUUCAGCAUUUAGCAUGUUCCCGGGUUUCGUUAGCGGCAUUAGGUUCACUGCCAAACACAAAACACUUGACCCCUCCCCAGAGGCGCUGCAGAAUAUAUGUUAUGCCUAUAAACAUGCUCUUCCAACAGCUGGCGUCAAUUUAGUUCAGUAGAAAGAUUUCACAGCCACCUGAUGCAAUACUGGCGGGAUCGCAACUUUAAUUUUGUCAAAAAUGGAGAUGGUUAAAAAACGGGGAAACUAUAUCCUUCAUUUUUUUAUUACUUUUUAAAAAAGAUUUGUUCACAUUCGAAACGAUUGCCUUUUGUUAAUGCGAAAGAUAUGAGCUUGGUGCGUGUUUUUUAUUUUCUUGUUUGUGAGCAUUUCUUUUUGCGUACAACUUGGCCAGCCCUUAAGAGUCUUCCCGUUGUAAAUAUGUAAAAAAAUAUAUUUUUUGUUUGUUUUUUCAUGUAUUUCACAGGUGGCUUGGGGUUUGUUUACCUUGCAAAAACAGUGCUGUCUGAUCCUCCCUGUCGCUUAUCAUAUAGAAACAGUGGACAUCCGUAGUAAAAACUUUAUGCUUUAUAGGUUAACGUUUGACUUAUCUACAGCUCUAGAAACGGAAGCCGUUGAAUUCUGUGUGUUACCAAGCUAUUGCUUGGCCUAGCCUUCAGGAACUGAAUCGGACUCUGCCUAACGUCACAUAACAAAAGAAUGGUGUGUAUCAGAGAGUAGUCCUCCUCAGUGGAGAGCAGUCUCCAUCGCUCACCUCUUUCCCGCCAGAACACUGGGCAUGUGUCUGAGUACGUUGAAGUGUUUCCAGACUGCCAGGCUAACCAUCAACAGACCAGAUUGGUGUACAAGUUAACCGACCAGUAAUCACAAUUAAUCAUCCCAC